GCGGAUAAUGCUGCGUCGGUUUGGGAGAAGUUGUCCAUGAAAAAUUUGUUAUACGCUGAGUCACAGCGUAAUGGCAGUGUAAGAACAUGAUUACUGCUAACCGCUGGGACGUUAAUGCGGCCUUCCUUUUGACGCCCUUCAUCCAGACGAUAAAUGACGAUCCGUUCUGCGCAAUAGCGAAAGAAAAUGAAUUUAAUGGAACGAAGAGUUUAAUUGAAAAUCGAAGUGACACUAUCCUGUACUCAGUUUCGAAGGUAGCUGAUAUGAGCUAAGCGAAGUCAUACCAGAGUUACGUUUAAUGAAUAUCAUCCAUUGCUCAUACGAACCAAUAACUGCAGUGAUCAAAAAAAAUAAACAUUUCGAAAUACAAUUUUACGCUGGCGCUUGAAACUACAAUGCCGCUUACUUACUUGAUUUGUGCACAUUUUAAAUCCUAACGGUAAAACGUCUUACACCUUAAUCGCAGACUGCGUGUGAUAGCGCAGCGGUUGAAAAAACGUUAUAUACUAUUUGUUAUUAUAUAUGAUUGAAAUACGCAUACAGCUAGCUGUGGACUUAUUCAAUUCAGUGCGUCGAAAGUAUUUCUAUGGCAGUUCAAAAGAUGUCUUUUAUCGAAUUUAGUAGCAGAAAACAACCGAAUUGACCUAGGAUGAGUUGCAGCAUCGCCGCUUUGUUUGAACAUGAUAUAAACAAAGGCAAUUAUGACGUUAUGAUUAGCUUGGCUCAUAGAACAGGGUCAGACGAAGCGAUCGGUUUAGUCAUUAUUCUCCAAUUGUUAAAAGGCCACGGAAGUCGCAUGAAUCAGGUCAACAUGUAUCGUACAUCUGCUGAAGUGAACGGGGAAACUAAGCACAAAGUGAGAGCCUUUGGGCGGCUGGGUAGGGCCCGGACUUGAGGAGGUGAAGGAAGAUGGCCUCGCUGGGAGCCGGGGGGGCCGACCCCGAGCUCCUUUUCAGCAAACAGGAGCGAAUCGGCAAAGGCUCAUUCGGCGAGGUGUUUAAGGGGAUCGAGCGAAGGAGCCAAAGGGUCGUGGCCAUCAAAAUCAUAGACCUCGAAGAGGCAGAGGACGAGAUUGAGGAUAUCCAGCAGGAGAUACAGGUUUUAUCGCAAUGCGAUUCAGCGUACGUGACCCGCUACUUCGGAUCGUACCUUCGGGCUUCUAAACUUUGGAUCAUAAUGGAAUAUCUCGGAGGUGGCAGCGCUCUCGACCUCAUGAAAGCCGCACGCUUCGAAGAACUACAUAUAGCCAUCAUUCUCCGGGAGGUGUUGAAAGGCUUGGAAUACUUGCACAAUGAGAGAAAGUUGCAUCGUGAUAUAAAGGCAGCAAACGUUCUGUUGUCGGAGCAGGGCGACGUAAAGUUGGCAGAUUUUGGCGUAGCAGGGCAACUCACAUCUACUACAUCAAAAAGAAAUACCUUUGUUGGAACACCCUUUUGGAUGGCGCCAGAGGUCAUUAAGCAGUCGGCGUACGAUGCAAAAGCUGACAUCUGGUCCUUGGGUAUCACAGCAAUCGAGCUAGCCAAGGGAGAACCGCCGAAUUCAGAACUGCAUCCCAUGCGGGUUCUGUUCCUUAUACCCAAGAAUAACCCACCACAGCUAACCGGCAACUAUACUAAACCAUUCAAGGAAUUCGUUGAGGCAUGCCUUAAUAAAGAACCUGAAAAUCGUCCUAGCGCUCGGGAUCUUCUCAAGCACCCGUUUGUGCGGAAGGCAAAGAAGAACUCAUAUCUAAUUGACCUCAUCGACAAGUAUAAGAUGUGGAGAGCAAACGGCGGCGAGAGUAACGUUGAUUCUGAUAAUGAUUCAGACAAUGGCAACGAGCACCAUCAUCCGCACUUCAACGGCGAUAGUGGAUCGGACGGCAAUGAUUUAGAUGCCGGUGGCACGUGGAAGUCCCUUCGCUGGGACUUAGGAACUAUCAAGAAUCCUGCACCUCCUACCAUAGCACCUGGUUCGCCCCUGGCAUCAUCUGAGCCCGCGUCAUCUGGUCCAUUGUUAGCGAAAACCGAACUUAAAACGAUUCAGCAACAACAUCAUGGCCAACGGGAAAAUGCCCCACCUCUACGAGAAUUACGAGAGAAUGGGCCCAACGGUACACGGAUCGGUAACCGACAUUCCGUAGGGAGUGGAAUGACUUCACCGGAUCGAGCGCCUUCAACUGGGCCUCUUGCAGCCCAUAGUACACAAGGCGCGCAUAGCCCAAUACAUUCGCCAUCAUCUGCUCUUCCGUUACGGUCACCUACGAGGCAGAAUUUACCUUCUGGUGAUAAAAUCGGCCCUCCCUCACUCGGUUCUCCUUUGAAGGGCGUUACUGGUGGAAGCCCUACUGGCGGACCUAGUGGUAACGGAAUAGUAUCGCAAGACAAGCCCAAGAUAAUGAUUUCGCCUGUUAAAGAAAAGCAGAUACCGCUGAUGACGAAGCUAGAUAGGGUAGACAGGGAAAGAAUCGAGCGAGAAAGAGAACGACUUGGCGCUCCUCCGGGAGCUCCUGUAACUUCUCCGGUGAAGGAGCGACCUAGCGAGAGAGCUAUUGCGUCGCCUGUACGUGAUAGAGACCACAGAGAGCGGGAUCGGCCGCUUGUAACGCCCCAAUCACAUUUAGCCACACCUUUACAUCCCACAAAGGGCGUGCCUCCACCCACCAAAACGUCAGUUCUAAGUGGGAAGGCAAUUGUGCCAAUUUUGUCAUCGAUAGAGCGUAGACAAAACACGUCUAAGACUGUACUAGAGGAGUUUCGGACGGAUCUCGAGCGCGCGGAACUGGCGUGUCCAGGCGUGAGCGGUCUAUUCCUCAAAGAAGUUCUUACUCGUCUUCUGCCGCCGCAUACUCCGGCCUACAAGAUUGACGAGCUGCUUUACAAUGUUCAACCCAUGUAGUAAAGGCAUCGGCGUUUUUGUGGCCGAGAUUAGAGGAAGCCGAGAUAUAGUAACAGCUAUCCAUUGACCACAACGAAUGAAUUUAGACGAUCCCGUCGAUCGAAGUUCCAGCGUGUCGUUUCCUCACCGUCGAAUCAGAGGUCACAUUAGUAUUUCGUUACGACAAAAAAAAGGUCGUGUUAAACGGUUAGAGAGGUACCCUAACGAUCAUGGUGGAAUAUCGAUGAAGAGACGAACUGGUGGCAUCGGAUGCAUGCUCGUAGAACAUAUGUAGAUAGUUUGAGCAGGUAAUUAGUACUGCUCGAUUAGGAAAGGCCGGAUUCAUUUACUAUGUGGGCUUUGAAAUCGUCAUUGAACGUACUGAACAGAAUCGCAUUGUGCACUGGCACUUUAACUUUAGAGUGUUAGAAAAUAUUUAAUUGUAAGAUACGUUGGAAAAAGCGAACCUUUUGUUGUGGCAGUGCGCAAAAGGGUUGUUCAUAUCGACAUAUUGUGUAGAGUGCUUUUUUGCAUUAGAAAAAAAGACAAAGGGGUUUGUUGGUUAUUUAUUCAAGACGGAAAGCUAACGUGAGGUACUAGUAGCAGCAGUCAAGCGAUAGGUUGAGGAAAAUCGUCGACGACGAAAAUCAGAGGUACGUUUCUGUUACAUGAGCCUGGUCACGCUAUGUCGCUGUGAUGCUCGCGAUCGUAAAUACGUAAUGUAAAUUAUUACAUAUUGCUAUUACAACGAGGGCACAUAAGCUGCUACGUAGUGGUGCACAACAUCACAAGAACAUAAAUUGUAAAGGAAAGAACGAAAUCAAUUAGAAAAUGUUGAUUGACUUUCCUUCAUUCUCGAAUCUUCUUUUAUUUAUAAACAAAAAAAAGGAGAGGGUGAACAACAACGAGCCGAGCGACAGAUGCUAACAAAGAAACACUAUUGAAUUUGUUAACUGUGGGUGUGAUUUCGCCAUUAUCGUAACUGUUACUGCUUUUGCUUUAGGUCAACACCAUGGCUAUGCAGGCAAUAGUGGCUCUGGUGGCGUGUAGCAUGUAACUUUUUGGGUGAUCGGAAGACAUAUUUUCGAGGGAGUGAGAAUCGAACAAAAGGCUCUAAGUAUUCGAUGAUGAUUCGAUAGUACGGUGACGAUUGCGCGCCAUUUUUGCAGAUAACGCUCGUUCCUGACCUCCUGACCGUAUGUAUGUAUAUGAUAAUAUAAGAUAUGUAAUAUUAUUGUUAUUUUUAUUCUCAUGGGGAGAUAGAAAACGAAUACCGGAUUAAAGUGAUGCAGCAAAAGAUCUAUGAACCGAGUGACGUCUAAUAAUGAGAAGGACGAUACUGAGACAUUGUAUGUAUCUAACCAUGAGCUAUCUAUUUUUGUAGCAUACUUUGGAGCAAACGUAGUCUGAGAGGCAGAGCAGAACGAAGAGCGCAAACUCAUUUGCUAUUGAUAUUCUGUAAGAACAAAAAAAAA